AUGGGAGCUGACUUGCGGGGCGCUCCGGCGCGUUGCCGGGCGCGAGCUUUGUUCCUUGAUCUCAUGCAAGGGGCUCAGCGACGUGCCUUGUGCAGAAGGAACGUGGCUUUGCGGCGGCGCCUGAUGCGUUUCUUUUCACUGCUGGUCUCCCUAGUCGUGAGCGGCUUUUCUCCCCUGCAUCCUUUCCUGGCUGGUUCGCCGAGCGCUGCGCAGCUUUUUGCCACCGCCCUAGCUCGACCUGGAGAUGUUGGCAGAGUCCCUGAGGCGGACGCCCAGCCUGUCUCCUCGCCUGCGCCUGUCUCCUCGUGUGCGCGCCGGCCCCUGUCGGAGCCCGACAGCGUCCAGGCGUUUCCCUUGCACCGGCUCGCGUUCGGGUCGUGCUACAUGACGCAUGAGCAGAGGAAGACGCUGCUGUCUCCUCUGUCUUCUCUGUUCCUCUCGGAGGAUCGGCGCGUCGCAGCAGAGGAAGAAAUACGCCGAGAGCUCAGAGCGAUGGAGAACCAAGUGUGGGACCGCGUCAAAGAGCAAGACCCGACGGCUUGGAUCUGGAUGGGAGAUGCCGGAUACUCGCGCGCCCACGACGUCGCCUCCGUUCGCGAGGCGCUGGAUCAGGUGAAGCGCGUGCCUGCCUACGAAGCAUUUCGCCGCUCCGUCCCGUUUCUAGACGGCACCUGGGAUGACCACGACUACGGCAUGAACGAUGGAGGCAAGUACCAAAAAAAUCGCGAAGCCCUUCGAGAAGCAUUCCUCGAUUUCGUGGACGUUCCUCCGCACUCCCCUCGACGCAGGGGUCGACAGGGCGUUUACUCGUCCCACGUCUUCGGUGUACCAGUGACUACGGGCUCGGCGAGUGACCACGCUCCGCUGAGACAGACAGAGCAACAGACAGGCGAGAGUGAUGCACGGAACGAAGAAACAGAAGCGGGCGCACGUGAACAAACCACGGAGAGAGAGGACGCGUGGAGGGAAGCAGAAGAGAACGACUCGACGGCAGCGACAGAGACACAGAGAGAUGGGAGACCGAGAGCGAGGGCGACAAACCCGCGUUUUGUAGAAGGGACGGAAGUUAAGCUCAUCUUGCUCGACACGCGCCACGAACGGGAUAACCACUUCAUCCCCAGCGCAGGCAUGAUCGCGAACUCGAGCUUGUUUUCUUUAGUGGCUGCGACCACAAGGACGCUCUGUCAUCUCUUUGCGCUGGGCGGAAGCUACGAUGGCGACUUACUUGGCGAGGCGCAGUGGCAGUGGCUCGAGAAGCAGCUAACGAACUCGACGGCGUCUGUGCACAUUCUCGUCUCUUCGAUCCAGGUGACGACGACUCUUCCACUGGUGGAGAGCUGGGGUCAUUUUCCCCGCGCCCGUGAAAGGCUCUUCAGUCUGCUGCGGCGGAGCCGGCCCGCCGGCCUCGUUCUCCUCUCUGGCGACGUACACUUUGGCGAGAUAUCCGGAGACAAUACGAAUGUCCUGGAGGUCACAAGCAGCGGCAUGACUCACACGGCAGGCGACUCCUUUUGGAAGCGAUUUCUCAUCGAGCGCGCCCUCCUUCCAUACUACAGCAAGCACCGAAGGGAGCCGAGUGACGUGUUUGUACAGCGGAAUUUCGGGGUCAUCAACUUCCGCUACCUCAACGAACGAGGUGAAGAAAUCCCGUCCAGUGCAGAUAUACUCCGCGGCAAAGGUCCGGUUGUGUCCAUCGACCUCGAAGUCCGAAUUGUGGACGCGAGUUCCGGCGCGGUAGCGCUCGCGACCCGACAGCGAUUUCCAUCGUCUCCGUCGACAGCUCGCGCCCACUUGAAGGACGGUGAAGCCCAAGUCAGAGACUUUGCCUUGUCACGUCAUGGGCUUUCAGCGGGGGUUUUCCAGGACUUCUCCGUACUAGAGACUCAAACGCCGGCCCUCGUGGCAGACCCGGCUUCGUGGUGGGAGAUGGUAGUUGCAUGGAUGGUUUGGCCGGCUGUGCUACUUGCAUGCCCUCUGAUGCUCUGCGGGUUUAUUGUUUCGUUCACCGUGCGACGGCAAGCUCCCUGCUCCAAGCCGGAUCAGCCAGGACCCGCAGGGCAACAGGCAGACACUAGCACACCCACGUGUCUGGUGCAGCAUGGCGUGCGACAGGGGGGAUGGGAUGGCUCGAGGGAAAAGAAGCGACGAACACUAGCAACCGAGCUGCAUGGGAGUGGAGAAGCGGAACUGGCGCACUCAGAACUUUGA